CGUCACUUUUAACACCGCACUCGCCAGUCGGGUUACGUCGCAAUUGCGGACUCGGUUUAAACACAAUUUUAUAAAGGAGAAAAAUUUUGCCUUAUUUUGUUGCCUAAAAUUAGUGCCCAUCAAAAUGAAGGAGAUUAGUAAAGUCGUCAUUGCCAAAAUUGUGUGCCUGGUCGUCCUCUUCAUCGCAACCGUGGUGGGGUGCCACGCCCACUUUAACAACAUUUUUAAAGAUUGGUGGGACGUAAAGGGGGUUCCUGAGGCGUGUAAAGCGGUUAAAGCCUGUCCCAGCAAUGCCAUGGCGAUGGAACGGACCUUCGUCGCAUUCACGAUUAUUUUCGUAAUUUUAUCCGUCAUCAGCAUUGUGGCCAGUUUUGUGAUUGAUGCGGGAAAAUUGAGGCUCCCGGAUGCUGGAUAUCAUGCCGUGGCAGGACUGCUUCUCUUCAUUUCGGGAAUUUUGCUCAUCGCGGCGGCCUCGCAGAUAGAUGACGCCACGACGCCCAGCACGUCGCCGGGUCAAACGAUCCGAUUGCUGCGAGAAUAUACAAAGUAUUCAAACAAACUGGCGGGAGGGUCACUCGCCAUUAUUGAUGCAUUACUCUACUUCGCCACGAGUGGAUUAAUCUUCAAGUCGUAACUUAAAAAAACGAUAUGGAAAUGAUUUUAACACAUGAAAUUGAUGAUAUAUAAAUUCGACCAAAAUUAAGAUUGAAUUAUUAAUUAUUCAAUAAAUGAAUAGUGACGUAUAAAUGACGAACAGAAAUAAAAUGGAAGUGAAUAUUUUCAUAA